AUGGGCACAGUGAUCGCUCAUCGUGAAAAGAUGAAGUCUCAGAUGUUGACCAGCCCAAGUCUCAUGUUUCCGAUGGCUCGUAUUCGUGACAUUCGGAAGAGAUCCUACAAGCGAAACCCAGGGGAAACGGCACUAUUUGAGGAUGUAGCCAACCAGAACCGAGGAGUUUCGCGAUCAACGCCUCCAAGUACCGGGAAGGAGCAAUUAUCCAUCCGGCAUCUUCCCGCUAUUCUAGGUUCUGACUGGAGUUCUUGGCUUCGGCUGGACAACCCUCCCGCAAUAUUGGCUACAUUCUUCACCCAUUUGGGGCGGACAACCUCGAACUCACAAUCGCAAGCCAAUGAAAGAACAACAAAGAACCAAGUACGUCCUGGAGGCAAGCGAGCAAACGAAUCGGCGCGCUCCUACAGGCUACUGGGUGGACUGGUCAUCCAUGCUCCUGCUGAAACGGAAUCUACACAUCCGAUGCAGGCUGGUAUGGGAACCACCACUCUUUAUAUCCAUAACCACACCCAGUUGCCAGCUUUCAGCUACCUUUGA